CACCAUCACGGGAACACCAUCGACUUCACAAUCCCUGCAGGAAUCCACAUUUGCCGGUAUUUCACUGGAGAGAACUCGGUGAGUCCUUUUUCUCAGCGGCUUCGUAGAAGACAACGCAGGAUGGCUCAGUCGACCAUUUUUAAAUCGUAUCUAUGCUGCCCCAUUUGUACGGGUACGUUAAAAGAUCCAGUUUCUCUGAGCUGCAGCCAUAACUUCUGUGCAAGCUGCCUGCAGAGAUACUGGCAAGAAGCUAAUAACAGAAACUGUCCCAUUUGUAAAAGAAGAUCAUCCAAAGAAAGGCUCUCAGUGAACUACACGCUGAAGGAACUUGCUGAUUCUUUUGCUGCGAGGCAGGCGUCUGAAACAUCUUCGUGGCCAAAGCCGGAGGAAGGGCAGGCGGCUGGACCAUCUUUGUGGCCAAAGCCUGUGGAACAGCCGGUGUCUGGACCACCUUUGUGGCCAAAGCCAGUGGAACAGCCGGUGUCUGGACCACCUUUGUGGCCAAAGCCAGUGGAACAGCAGGUGUCUAGACCACCUUUGUGGCCAAAGCCAGUGGAACAGCAGGUGUCUAGACCACCUUUGUGGCCAAAGCCAGUGGAACAGCCGGUGUCUGGACCACCUUUGUGGCCAAAGCCGGUGGAACAACAGAUGUCUGGACCAUCUCCAUGGGCAAGGCCGGACGAGAAGUUAAUAGUGGUGUGUGCCAUGCAUCCAGAAGAUCCUAAAUACUUCUGUAGAGAUGAACAGAGGGCUGUGUGUCACAUGUGUGAGUUUACUCUCCAUCAAAAUCAUAAGGUGCUCCCCAUAGAACAGGCAAUCAAUGAGCUGAAGGUGCUGCUGAGAUCCGAUUUACAGUCUCUGCAGCACAAGAGGAACUGGAACAUGCAGGUGCAGAAAACCUACAGUGAAAUGGCAGAUCACCUAAAAAUCCAGGUUCUGACCACGGAGAGUCAGAUUAGAGAUGAGUUCAACAAGCUCCACCAGUUCCUGAAACAGGAAGAGGACAAAAGACUGGCAGCUCUGAGGGAGGAAGAGGAGCGGAAGAUGAUGGUUAUCAACAGAAACCUGAGCGGGAUCCAGGAGCAGCUCUCCUCUCUGACAGACAGCAUCUUCGCAAUUGAAGAAGACCUCCAGAAGAACACUUUACCGUUCCUCAGCAGUUAUAAAGCCACUCAGAGCAGAGCCAGAGCCCAGAGGUUAGUGCCAGACCCCCAGAUGGUCUCAGGAGCUCUGAUAGAUGUUUCCAAAUAUGUGGGCAACCUGACCUACAGAGUCUGGGAGAAGAUGAAGGAGAAGGUCCAAUUCAGUCCCAUCAUUCUGGACCCAAACACCGCACACCCCAGUCUCUAUCUGUCCGACGAUCUGUCCAGCGUUAAAUGUGGAGAGACAUGGCAGCAGCUUCCUGAAAAUCCAGAGAGAAACACUAAGUACAACAACGUUUUUGGUUCUGAGGGCUACAGCUCAGGGAAACACACCUGGGAGGUGAAGGUGGGAGACCACCCCGACUGGAUUAUCGGUUAUGUUAAAGAGUCAUUCGACCGAAAGAGAGAGUCAUACGCUUCACCAAAGUUCGGAGUUUUCUCUUUGGUGCAUCGCAAUGGAAAGUACUCCAAUGGCGCCGGCAAGGCUGUGACGGUAAAGAGGAUUCCCCAGAGGAUCCGGAUCCAGCUGGACUAUGAUGGAGGAGAGGUGACCUUCUACAGCUGUGAGGACAGGAGUCAGCUCUGCAGUCACAAGGACACUUUCAACGAGAAACUCUUCCCAUACUUUUGUAUCGGAAAGUCCGGCGAUAAUAAAACAGCUGAGGUUAAGAUCUGUAAAAUAUCUCCCUGAGAGGAACAGUUGACGUUUUACAGGAAAAAUAUAUAAUGGUGACAGAAAUGGAUCAGGACACGAUAUCUGUAUGCUACAUCAAGACCAUUUAGAGCUUUAGAUAUAAAGGAAACGAAUAAACCUACAACCAUGAAUGCUAUAUGCAAGAGACAGAGCAAACAACAGUACAAAAACGUUUGAAAUUUAAGAUUAAUAUAUAAAAAGAUCAAAUCUUUGAAAAUAAAACAGGGCAUAAGUGGCUGGCCUUGUAAAUGCUUUUCCAAUUACCUACAUUUCCAAAAACAGGCAACUUUCUGUCCUUGGGUUUGUUUUUUUAUUUCUACUAUUUUUACUAUUCUCAUUUCUUAAAAUGUAACAUUUUACCCUUUCUGUUUCUGUAAUGACUUGUCGCAGAAAUAUAUGGUAUAUAUCCUCUUCAGUUUAAUGCCACUUUCAUUUUUUUUCUUUGGAAUGUCGUUUUCAAAUAGAGUUUAUGAUGAAAUUCUUUCUAAUCUGUUUAUUACUUGUGAAGAUAAUACUUGAAAGCUGAAAGGGAAUCAGGGAUUUUGUUCCUUUAAUUUUACUAUUAGGCAUACAAUCUUUUAUUGCUAUGGUUGUUAUUUUUGGGGAUUUGUGUGUAUUCACUAUUUUAACUUCUAAAGGGUUUAGUAUAUUUUCUAUGUGCUUAGGAUAGUGUUUUACAAGUUUUUUUCAGUGAUACUAAUUUGUCAGCUCUUACACAAAGGAAAUAUAUUAAUUGUUCAUGUUUCUUUUGGAUUGGGUUAACACAUCUUCUACAUAAUGGCUACGAGAUUGACACCAGAUGGAUGUAAACUAGUAAUUUUCUAUUUUCCGUUUUGUUUUGGAUGUUUUAAGUAGAAAUAUACUUAAAACUGAAGUUCCUUUGUAGUACACACACCAAUUCCACCUUUGAAUUUAUCAUUUUCUACACCAAAAAAGUCACACCAAGGUAUAUACUGUAUAAAGAAUUGUUUCCCAUCAAAAGCUGCAUCUGGACUUUAUAUUAAAACAAUAUAACAAGCAAAUGUAAGUUUUCCUAGAUUUUUUUUAAUGUUUGAUA